CUCAAGUAUAUUUUAAAACAAUUUUCUUAAAUUCAAUAUUUUUUUAAUAAUGUCGUCGGAUUCUUCAUCUGAAGAUGAAAAUAUUACAAAACUCCAAGAGGCUUUGGAUACCUCAUUUAUAAAUAAUAAUAUGUAUUCAAAUUUAAAUAAAGAUGUAACGAAAAAGAAACCAGAACGAGAUUGUAAGGAUAAAACAGAAAUAUUUAAAAAACAAGUUUCACUUAGACCAGAUAAAAAAUGUGACCUAGAUGAAUUUAGUAUUCUAAAAGUCACCCCAGAAUUUCAAGAAUUUGUAGCAAAAAAUCUAAGAAAACUCUUGGAUAAAGAAAUAGAUUUAUACACUAGUCAAAAUGAUCCAAAAGCAACUGAUAACAAUACCGGUGGUAUAAAAUUAUUUUCAAAUUCUACUGUAAUUCUAAAAGAUAAUGAAAAUUAUGACUUAGAAAUUAGUUCAAAAAAGCCGAAAAAAACAAGCAAUGAAAAUGAAAUAGAUUUGGAUGAACAAAUUAAGAGUGUUGCGGUUUCUCCUGAUGAUAUUUUAUCGAAAAAAGAUACCUUAUUUUGGUCGAAACGUACAAAACGAAAACCUUUUGUUUAUAAGAAAUUAUCGAAUGGAAAAUUAGAAUUAGUUGAAUAAAAAUAUUUAAAAAAAAAAAAAAUGGUUUAGAAUAUAAUUAUUCUCUACUGGG